AUGGCAGCCCCUCAGCAGCUUGAUGAUGCAGGGACGCAGGCGCUUCUGUCACUCUACAUGGUGGCUGAGCAGUACAGUGGGCCUCUACGAUGGGGUGGGGCAGCAGUUGCCAUGAUGAUGUGUAUGUAUGUGUAUGGCCUAGUUGCUACCCGCUCUUGGUCCAAGAAGCCAACUGCAGCAACCCCGAGCCCUCCCGCUACAACGGACGUCACAUUGACACUACCAACGGCGCAGCCGGUACAGCAGGAUGAUGGGCUCAAAAACCAGCUAGUGGCUGCGCUUGGUGAGGUGCUACCUGACGUGUUGGAGCAAAUGCUGCAAGGGAGAUUUGAUGCUCUCAGCGCGGCCAUCCAGGCUUCCAACCGCCAGCAAGCAACGGAUGGAGGACAAGACGGCACAGACGGCACAACCACUGCUGUGCUUGCAGUGGAUACACUCUCUGACAUCCAAGCUGGCGUGGCUGUGGAGACCGUGCUUCUCAAGUUCAAGAGUGAGAUCACCUCUGCGGUGAGUCACAAGGCCCUCCUUACAGAGUUGGAGGCGACGAACGCAGCACUUGGCAAGGCGUUCGCAACGGCCAACACUACGGAGCAGAACCGCUUUCAGACUUUGGACAACGCUACUAAGUCGAGAACAGAGGCGGUCGAGGCAACGAUAAAGGGCAGGCUUGACCUCAUGAACACCGAGAUCAACGCCAAGCUCGACUUCCUCAACAGCACUUUCAGUAAGGCUCUUGGUGAGCACAAUAAGACCCACCUCGAUAUCGACGGCUUCCUGGAUCGGGUUAAGGAGAGUUUGGACUCACUUGACUCGGCGCUGGGCAAAGUUGAGACAGCUUGUGGCAAGCUUGCCACCAGCUCGGACAGGGUGGAGAGCAUGCUGCGGGAGAAGCUGACAUCCCUUCAAGGGGACUCCAACAGGCUCCUGGGGGAGCUUGGACAGACAGGCCGUGACAUCAAUGGGUGCCUCCGCACCAACAGCAAGUCCAUUGAUGGACUGCAACAGGAGGUCACCACCAUGGGGUCAGCGAUCGGCGGACCUCCCAAGGACUCCACAGGAGUCACGGAGGCGGUGGACAUCACCAGGAACAUGCAGACCCACGUUGCAGAACUGCGUGGACAAGUCAAUGAGCUGGUGGACGCGCUUCGUGAAUUGCGAGACACAGUGAGCGGGACGAACACACGGCCUGCUGAGAUCCGCGUUGACCCUGUACAGGGGCCACAGGCAGUAGGACAGCCGAGUGUCAUCAACCUGGCGUCCCGCAUACCGCCAGCACCUGUAACGGGUGGAGGACAGUUUGCCAGGGUCAUUUUGGCCUCGGGGCGUGAAGUGCUGGCGCCCGAAGAUGAUAUCAUCGGGCCGCCGGCAAACCCAUACAUGCAUGCAUUCGGGAGCAGACGCUGA